UGAGGGGGGAACGUGCCAUCGCAGGAACUCGGGAGGCGCGAAGCGUUCUUCCUUGGACGGAGCGCUGGCGGGGCUGCGCAUGCGCUGACAGAGGGCGGGGAGCGGAUGGCUCUGCGGCUGCGCGCCGGAAACCUGACUUAGCGCGGAGUGCGGCUGCGCGCGGAAGGAGGGAGAGAGUAGCGGGGAAGCCUGCGCGUGAGGGCUGAGGAGCCACUGCGCACGCGCAGAAAGCAGUCCGAGGCAGGAGCAACGUGAGGAGAGGAAGAGGGACUCUUGGCGCGCUUCUCCCCGGCUGGCCUGAGGGAUGAUCGAGAUGGCGACGGACAAGGAGGCCUUCCGAGUCCCGGCCCCGCCGCCGCCGCUGCCAAAACCCCCGCCCAAGGGAGCCGCGGCCUGUGGAGCCGGGGACUUGCCUGGAAAGGCAGCCGGGAAAGGUGGCGGCGGGGCGGGGAAGGGCCAAGGGGCCCGCGGCGGCGGGGAUGGAGGCCUCUCAGCGCCUGCUUCGGCCUCGGCAGACCCCCAGCGAGGGAGCGAGGCCUCUGGGGAGGAGGGCGACAGCCUGGCCGAGCUCAGCAGGCCCCGCAAUGGCUUCCAGGCCCCACAGCCGCCUCCACCGCCACCUCCACAGAGGCCCAACAAGAGGCGCAACAGCUGCAACGUGGGCGGAGGAGGGGGCUUCAAGCACCCGGCCUUCAAGCGCCGCCGGAGGGUCAACUCGGAGUGCGACCCGGUGCUCCCCUCGGAGUUCCUCCUGGGCGGCAACAUCUUCGACCCGCUCAACCUCAACAGCCUCCUGGACGAGGAGGUCAACCAGGCCCUCAACGCCGAGACCCCCAAGUCGUCCCCGCUGCCGGCCAAAGGGCGCGACCCCGUGGAGAUCCUCAUCCCCAAGGACAUCACCGACCCCUUGAGCCUCAACAACGCCCAGGAGGACCCCCCUGUCCUGGCCUCGCCUGCCAAGCGCAAGCGGCACCGGCACCGGGGGGCCCAGAGGGGGGGCAGCACCGAGGGCGGAGGCCCCAAGGGCCCCGCUCCGCCCGCCACCGCCUGCCAGGCCUGCCAGAAGCCCUGCAACAAGCCCUGCAAUAAGCCCUGCAACGGGGCCACCCCCCAGCCCUACGAACUCAACACCAUCAUCAACUGCAGGGAUGAGGUGGUCUCCCCGCUGCUUCCCGCCGGGCACGGAGAACCCCCGCCGGGCCACCAGCAGGUUUCCGGGGGGUGCGUCACCCCCUCCUGCGCCUCCGUGGCCUCUUCCGCCAGCGCCAGCAGCCGGCACCAUCGCAAGCGGCGCAGGACUUGUAGCAAAUCCGAAGGGGCGGCCACGCGGCAUGCGUCGACCGAACAGCCUCCAAGGAGCAGCCCUGAGAGGGCCCCCCGCAGCGCCCCCCGCUCCCGCCACCCUCCGCCUGCCUCUGCCCGCCGGCAGCCCCGGCACAAAUUCCAGUACGGCAACUACUGCAAGUACUAUGGCUACCGCAACCCUGACUGCGAGGAUGUCCGGCUGCGGGUCAUGAAGCCGGAGUGGUUCCAGGGCAAGGAGGUGCUGGACGUGGGCUGCAACGUGGGGCACUUCACCCUGAGCGUGGCUAAGAAGUGGGGGCCCGCCCGGAUGGUGGGGCUGGACAUUGAUGGGCACCUCAUCCACUCGGCCCGGCAGAACAUCCGGCACUACCUCUCUGAGGAGCUGCACCAACAGAAGCAGCAGCAGAGCGACGAGGGUCCGAGCCCCGGGGCCAGGAAGACCUUCCCUGCCUCUCUGAUGGCUAGCCGGGGCCCCAUCGCUGCUCCCAGGGUCCCUCAGGAAGGGACGGAUGCCUCCGUGUUCCCCAACAACGUCAUUUUCAUCAAGGGCAACUACGUUCUGGAGCGGGACGAGCUGCUGGAGGCGCAGCGGCCCGAGUACGACGUGAUCCUGUGCCUGAGCCUCACCAAGUGGGUGCACCUCAACUGGGGGGACGAGGGUCUCAAGCGCCUCUUCAAACGCAUCUACCGCCAUCUGCGCCCCGGGGGCAUCCUGGUCCUCGAGCCCCAGGCCUGGUCUUCCUACAAGAAGAGGAAGAACCUCACGGAAACGAUAUCUAGGCAUUUCAACCGGAUCAAGCUGAAGCCGGACCAGUUCCCCUCUUACCUGACUUCCUCCGAAGUGGGUUUCUGCAGCUAUGAGCUAGUCGCCAUGCCGAGGAACACGCCAAAAGGAUUCCAGCGGCCCAUCUAUCUCUUCCACAAAACGCGCCCAGGAGGCCACUGAGGAAACCCUCUCCUCGAGAUCCACUCGCCGGGGACAGCACCUGUACGUGGGGCGCUUCCGGGGCCGAGGGGGCCGGACAGGAGCCUUUUCCUCCCUUGGAGAAGGAAGGGGAAGCGGAGCGGGUUCUGGGCCGAAAUCUGACUCUUGGCGGGGGAACAUGGGGGGCAAGAGAGGGGUUUGCAAGCGGGUGGCAAAGGGCUUUGGGGCAAGGCAGAAAGCCAUCUUUUGCACACUCUUUUCAAAUGCCGGCUGCUUCCCAUUUUCUGCACAAAGAAAGGGAGAUUUGGGUUGUGUUUACGUAUCUAAAGCAGGCAUGGGACAACUUUGGCUCUCGUUCCGGGUGUUUUGGAUUGCGACUCCCACCAUUCCUCGCAGCCUCGGGCCCCUUCCUUUUGCCCCUCAGCCGCUUAAGCGGCUGAGGGGCAAAAGGAAAGGGCCCGAGGCUGCGAGGAAUGGUGGGAGUCGCAGUCCAAAACACCCGGAACGAGAGCCAAAGUUGUCCCAAACCUUCGGGCACAUUUUUCAGAAUGAAAUGGUGUUAAAUUCGGUUCUUGGGCUUUGAUAAAUUCAUUCCCAAACUCUGCUCCUCCAUCUGUUUUGGGCUCCCGCUGCGCCCAAAAUAGCUGGAAGACCAAAGCUUUUGGGAAACACCGGUUACUUCCAAGGCCUGGAAGUUGUGGUUUAAAAAAUAAAAAGUUUUCUGGAGAAAGAUUUAAGGGAGGGUGAAGAAAAGCCAGCUUUUUCUUGGAUUGGAGACAGGUGCCUUCCCUCAAAGCUCCUUUUUAGGAGCGGAAUCACCCCACGUUUUGGGGUUUUAGGAGACUCCCCGAAUGUUUUGAAGAGAGGGUACCAUCCACACAACCAAGCAAUGCCAUAAGCCGCCUCUCUUAAAGGGCCACACACUUUAUUUUGGCCAGGGAUUAAAUAAGGGUAACAUGCUUUGCUUGCUUCAGGAGGGGAGCCAGGUUACCAUUUUGCCCCACACGCUACCUUUUGAACCAUUUAAGGUGGCCGUUAUCUUAAAAAAAAUUAAACGAGAAUGCCUAUGGACUCUAGUGCUUGCCAGCAAGGACACGAUGCCUUUUCAGAGGGUCCGAAAACGAGGCCGAUGCUCCGCCGAUCCUAUCCUCAGCUGGAGUUUAUCUUUACAAAGAUGUUGAUUCUAUAUAAAUAUAUAUAUAAAAAUAAAAAAGAAUAUGGAUUA